UAUCGCUCCGCCGUCUACUUCUAUCUCUGUAUAAUUCUUCUUCUUCCAAUACUAUUCAAAAUUCAAAUCAGUGUGAUUUUCUCAAUACAUGGCAGGUCCUACAUUUCUAAACCGGAAUGUGUCAGAUCUGUGCGUAGGGAAGCCGGCGUUAAAGCCAUUGUCGGCGGCAGCCACCGUAUCGGAAGCGUUAGCUCUGUUGAAUAAAUCAAGCGAGCCUCAUGUGAGCGUGUGGAGCUGUGACCAUUCGAAGAAUGUUCUGGAAGAUGAAUGUGAAUGUCGUUGUGUUGGGAAGAUUUGCAUGGUUGAUGUGAUUUGCUUUCUCUGUAAAAAUGAGAAUUCGGAUAAUCUUUCAAAGGCUUUGGAGACAUCCGUUUCACAGAUUUUGCCCAAAGGAAAUUUAAUUGUGAGGCAUUUGGCGCCAAAUUCAAGCUUGCUGGAGGCAAUAGAUUACAUUCUUGAAGGCACCCAGAAUCUGGUUAUACCAGUCCAAAAUCACAUUGGCGGAAAAUCAAGGAAAACGCAGAGUAAAUCAUCUUCCCUGAGUUGCAAACAUCGCGAUGGAAUUGAAUACUGCUGGCUAACGCAAGAAGACGUUGUCCGCUUCCUUCUGAACUUUAUUGGUGUGUUCUCCCCUAUCACCACUUCUUCAAUUGAAUCUCUCAACAUCAUAGAUUGUAAUGUCAUGACUAUUCGUUACCAUGAACCUGCAAUGUCUGCCUUAGAUUCCCUUACUCUUGCACAUGUUGAGCAAACUUCAGUGGCAGUUGUUGAUGAUCUCGACAGAUUAAUUGGUGAAAUCUCUCCUUCCACUCUUGCCUAUUGUGAUGAGACUGCAGCAGCAGCAGUCAUGACACUUUCAUCUGGUGAUCUGUUGGCUUACAUUGACUGUGGUGGUCCUCCAGAGGACUUGGUUGACCUCGUGAAGGUGAUAUUACAAGAGAAAAAGCUUGGUGCGUUAUUGGAACUAAUGGAUGAAGAGUUGUCUUUGUCUUCGUCAUCAUCAUGUUCAGUUUCUAGUUGUUCUUCUGAUGACGAGUUAGGGGUUUGUAGAAAUAAUAAUGGCUCAGGACGAUAUGCUUCAGCUAGAAGGGCAGAGGCCAUCACUUGUUAUCCAAACAGUUCAUUGGUUGCUGUGAUGAUUCAAGCACUUGCACAUCGUGCAAGUUCCGUUUGGGUCAUGCAUGACGAUAACACUUUGAUUGGCUGUGUAACUUUUAAAGGAAUCCUCAAAGUUUUCAGGAGCCUUGCAAAUGCGAGGCAGAUAACCAGAUAA